AUGGGGUUUGAAUUAGUUGUGGAUACCGCGUGCGAGGGUUUAUGUGAGGCGGUUGCGCGUACGCUCAGUGCAGCGCACCUGGGCUCUCGCUGCCUCCAAGUCAGGGAAACUCAGAAUGCGGUUUCGAGCUCUGUUUUAGUAACUAACGACACCAGGACCUGCCUACUGCUUUUAUUCAUUACGUUUAACGAUUUUAUGCUUAUGCUACGUCACAAUUGCGUUCACAAUUACGUGAAAGCUGUAUACGAUGCAUCCAAGUGUCCGGUGUAUGUGAUCAUGCUUGGACAAUUAACAGGUCCCAGGCAGCCGCGCUUUUGGGAAGAAGUCACUCGCCUCUGUGCGGAUGAUUCCCUUUUGUCCAUUUUGGUAGGAUUCGACUUUGCUCCUUCUCUUGAGCAAGCAGCCGACAUUGUUGCUGCCCACGGCCUCAAGGCAAGCAAGCAGCAGUCGGAGUUGGAGCCACUGGCUCGGGCAGAGGCGAGGCGGAAGUGUGAUCCGACUGACUUUCACGCUCUUUACCUCGACAUGCUCUUGGAAAUUUCAUCUGUUUCCGAAAGGCGAGCAGCUGCCAUCGCCGGGGCCUUUCCGUCGAUAUCUCACCUUUUGGAAGUGAUUGAUUCAGGUUUGCACCAUAGGUUACAAGUAGAGGAGUACUAUGAGACGAGAAACACUAGUGUGCUGGAUCCCUACAUUUCCGAGGUGCUAUCCACGGACUACAGCACAGCGGAAGCACAGGAGAUGAUGAACGCCUUGGUGGACAAGAGUAAGAAAAUUUUUUCGUAG